AUGGGAGACAUCGACGUCGUCGAAGAGGAUCUGCUACAUCAACGUCGACGGGGAGAUGAUACGUCAUCAGAUCAAUCAAGCCUCCCAUCUGAUAUUGUGCAGUUUAAAGCUAGACCACAUAUGUUAAUGGAUGAUGUCGAAUGCAGUCCUAUUGAGCCAACCGAAAAAGAUUGGAAUGAUUAUCGUGAUAGGGUACAAGAAAAUGCGGAUCACAUGGAGCUGUUAGGCGAUGACGAAUCAAGCGACACCGAGGACCAAAAUGAGAUUGAUGAGGAAUACGAUGCAUACUAUUCAGAUAUGAAAUCAUCCAGAAAAGAAACAACCAGAGAGUUUCUAACGCGUCAGUUCCAAAAUAUUGUGCAUUUCUUCGUGGAAGACUGGUUCAUCUCCGCAGCUCUUGGAUUCGUUACAGCAAUUUUUUCGAUUUUCAUCGAUAUUGGAAUUGAAUAUCUUAUUCAUUGUGAGUUCCCAAAAAUUAAAUUCCACUCUAAAAAUAUAAAUUCAGUCCGUAACUUCCUUCUCGAAACGCUUGAACAGUACAACAACUACGCCGCAUUCCUCGGAUGGGUUUUCUAUAUCACUGGACUCGUCUACUUGGCAGCUCUUGUUUGUUAUGGAUUUGGGAAACAGGCUGUUGGAUCCGGUAUCCCCGAAGUCAAAGUUAUUAUCCAUGGUUUCCAACUGAAGAAUUAUUUAUCUGGAAAAACUUUGAUUGCAAAAAUGAUUGGACUGACAUUGACAAUAGGAUCUGGUCUUCCAGUUGGUAAAGAAGGACCAUUCGUGCACAUUGGAGCUAUCGUUGCUUCUCUGCUCAACAAAAUCACUGCUGCCUGUCAAUACAAUGCCUUUUUCUCGAAUGAGGGACGUGCUAUGGAAAUGUUGAGUAUCGGAUGUGCUGUCGGAAUCGCUUGUACUUUCUCGGCACCUAUGGGAGCUGUACUCUACGGUAUUGAGUCCACAUCCAAAUACUUCGCUGUCAAAAACUACUGGAGAUCAUUCUUUGCCACCACUUGUUCUGCCAUGCUUUUCCGUUUUGCCAUCACUUUCUUCGUGCCACAACACAUUGCUGGAACCAUCACUGCCUAUUAUCAAACUUAUUUCCCGAACGAAGUGUUUGUUGUUGAAGAACUCGGAUUUUUCGUUUGUCUUGGGUUUGUGAAAAUUAAAAGAGGAGAAGCAGUAAAAGAGGAGAAGAAGAAUUUUCAGAGUGAUGACUGGACUUCUUGGAGCUCUUUUCGUUUAUUAUCACCGGAGAAUUGCAUUCUUCAAGCGCCGAAACCGUAUCUUCCAAGCCCUUUUUGGAAAGAGGUGAGACAAGAUCAAAGCAACCACUUCGCUCUGACCUCAGUCCCAAUUCUUUUCACUGCCUGCUGCGCCGCCAUCUUCGCUGUUCUCGUCUAUCCAAAUGGCCUCGGAAGCUACGUGGCUGGAAAGUACACCUUCCGUGAAACCCUUGUCGACUUCCUCUCCAACUGUACCCUCUGGAAACAAACAAACGGGUCCGAAGGAUGUCCCCCACACGUGUUGGAACAUUGGUCUGGUCCAGAAGGGGACAUGGCUCCAAUCAACUCUCUAUUGCUUUACUUCUUGUUCUACUUUAUCGUUGUCCCAAUUUGUAUUACUUUGUACAUUCCUUCCGGAAUCUUCGUUCCAUGCUUCGUUAUCGGAGCUUGUGGAGGUAGAAUAUUCGGAGAAAUUAUCUCAAUGAUCUGGCCGUAUGGACUUCGCGGCAUUGGACAACCUCAAAUCUAUCCUGGACUAUAUGCUGUGGUUGGAGCUGCUUCCUUCACUGGAUCUGUUACUCACUCACUCUCCAUUGCUCUCAUUGUGUGUGAAACCACUGGACAGUUGUGUGCUCUUCUACCAGUGCUCAUUGCUCUUAUGAUCUCAAAUGCUAUAUGUGCUUUCCUUCAACCCUCUAUUUACGAUUCGAUCAUCAAAAUUAACGGAUAUCCAUACCUUGCCGAUUUGCCACCAUCACGUAUGAGUGUGCAUCAAAUGAAAGUGGAACGAAUUAUGGUAAAAGACAUGUACUACAUUACCCGUGAAACUACAUACCGUGAGCUUCGAGAGAUGCUUCUGGAGACUCCGACUCUUCGUUCUUAUCCAUUUGUCACCGAUUCCCGUUCAAUGACACUAUUGGGAUCUGUCGCUCGCAAAUACCUUUUGUAUCUCAUUCAACGUAAACUCGGACCCGAGCCAGAACUUUUCGGACACCGCAGAAGAAGCCGCACCGCAUCGGAAAUCUUCAGCACGAUCCACAAUCUAAGAAAGUAUUCUAGACGUGGAUCCCUUGCUGCCAACGGCGGUCAUAUGUCUUCUGGAAAUGCUUUGAUGACUGAUAGAAACAUCUCUGGAAACACCCUACUUCCACAAUCUCCACUCCACGAGGAUCAGGGAGACCGCAGUCCACUAGCCCCUCUUCUCUACGCCCAAACCAAUCAACACGAGCCAAUAGUGCAUUCGUUGGCAAAGAGAGCCGAGAUUUUGUCAAAGAAAUUGGAUAUGGAGGAAGUUGCAAUUGAUCCAGCACCGUUCCAAUUAGUCAGAGGAACAUCACUUUACAAGGUCCACACCCUCUUCUCCCUUCUUGCUCUCAACCACGCCUAUGUCACCGAAAAAGGACGUCUUGUUGGAGUCGUUGCCGUCAAAGAACUUCGUGAAGCCUUGAGCAACAUCUACAGUAGAGGAGCAGUCGUUCCGAGACCAAGAGUCCGUACCUCCACUUUCCGUCUUAACCCUGACCAAGAUUGUAAGUUACUAAUAUUGAUUUUCAACGUCCUAGAAUAUUUUUUUUUAGUGGAGAACCAAUUGAUGAACGGGCAAAUGAACGGAGAAAAUACGGUCGACGCAAGCACUGUCCGCACGCCACGUGUCACAAUUGAAGCUCCAGAAGAUGGAGAAAACGAAGAAAGAAGAAAUAACUGA